AUAAAUAAUUGGUUGAUGCACAAGUUACAGGGUACUGAAAAUUGCUACUUCUUGAAUCUUACAAUUACACGAUCAAAGCCUCAAGAAUCUCUCAAAAUGGUGCUCCCAAAACCCAAAUCCCAAAUCCCAAAUCCCGAGCAAAAACAACACCUAUUUGUCCCAAACGCACUAGUCUUUCCUUCAAUAGCGAGCAAUAGCAACAACGGAGAUGUCCUGAUGCUAGAGGCUCCACCGGAUGCCUCCCGCCCAUGGAACGCGGAAACCAUUGACGCUCUGCCGUACAUCGACGACCACUACGGUGACCCCAGAGUCAAAGCCGAGGUGGACCGCAUGGUAGAGCAAGAGAUGCGCCGCAGCUCAAAAAAGCCCUCUGACUUUCUCAAAGACCUUCCUCCUCUAUCCAAGUUCAGUUUCCAGAAUCAUCCUAUGCUUGCGAAAGAGUACGAGCGAGUUAGAGCUGGGAAGCCACCUGUGAUUCUUGAUACGACACAGUAUCAAUUGGAAAUGCUGCCUGUGAAUAAGAGAAAUGAAGAAUAUGCUUGGAAGCAGGCAGUUCAGAAAGCUCAGCGGUUGUCACAACAUCAAGUGAUCAGGCUGGAAAAUUUGGAAUUGAUGUCUAAACAUGGUCCUGAUGUCUGGAAGCAACACAACCAACGAUUGGAAGCAUUCUUAUCCAGAAUGCAAAGAUUAGCACAUGAACAAAAUGAAAAGAUUGAAGCCGUAAACCAUGAAAGAAAAUACCACCAGCAAAAUACAGCAUAUGAGCUGAAUGCUUUGUCCAUGCAAUGGAGGGAGCUUUGUGCAAAAAAUAUAGCAAUCCAAGCUGCAUGUGUUAAAAUUGAAAGUCAGAUAGAGGAAUUGAGGCAAGAAGCUGCAGAGAGUGGUUUGAACUUGCACAUUGAUAUGGAGAAAGGUUCUUUGUCACAUUAAGGAUGGUCCCACAGAAAUUGAGGAGCCUUCAAGUAAAGUGGUGUUAACCAAGAAAUGGUCUCCAUUUUCCGUCCAUGAUUCUGCUGUUUUGGUUCAUUACAGAUUCUGGGAAAGUCAUUUCAAUACAAGAUUAGUUGCUUUCAGUUCUAUUCUAGUUUUUGGUGCAAUCUCAAAGUGAACUUCACUUUGUGCUUAAAGAGAGAGGUCAAGAUGCAGAUAUGUAAUUUGGUGGUUGCUACUAAUAUGAAACCUCAGCUCAUUUAUUACAUUGUUUUUAGGUCUUUUACGUUUCCUUUUUUCAGCUCUGUGUAAUUUAGCUACAUCUAUUUUGAUUAGAAGAAAUAUGAGUUUAGAUCAGAUGGCUUAACCAUGUGGUUUCUGCAAUAGUUUUUUGUUUUUGGAACUUGAAUGUGGUCUAUUAAUUGGUAUUGAAAUAAGAUUUUUAAAACAUUUGUCCACCAAA